AUGCAGCCACCAAAUACACCCUUAGCCCCAGCCCUCCCAAAUACAACUUCAUGGCUCCAAACUGCCCUCACCUCAAUCGGGUCCAUUUUCCAAACUCCCAAGGAAGAUGAGUCUGAAACCGAUGCGAUCUCUGGAUGGGUUGGGACGAAGAGGCGACGCUGUCGAUCUGUCGGCGAGGCUCGUUGA